AUGCUCGAGGUUGACGGGAGCGAGGGUAGGAGACUGGCGGAAAGAAGAGAAGGAGGAGAUUACAGUGAGGCACAGGGGGAGGGGGAGGGAGAGGCGGAGGCGGAGGCGGAGGCGGAGGGAGAGGGGGAGGGGGAGGGAGAAAGCGAGCAAGCAGAGGGGGAUUCAUCGUCGUCUUCCGCCUUCCCUUCCCCCAGCUCGUUCAUUCCGCUUCCGCCCGUGUCGGCGGGGGAUGCGCACCCUCCCCCCGCGCCCGUCAAGGAGCAGUUUCUGUGGCGCAACCCGCGCAGCCACGGCUACGCCAAGUGCAAUGCGGAGGGCAAAAAGGGCGCCGCGCUCAAAGGUCGUUGCAAGGGCAGUCGCGGCCCUCUUCACAGUCGCCUGCGGGGCCGCCCGGCGAAAUCCGCCGUGGAGCAGGCGGCGCGCGCGAUGGCUAUGGCGGAGUGGGAGCGCAAGGUGCAGGACCCCGCGCAGCGGAAGCGCGUGCUUAUAUUGAUGAGUGACACUGGCGGGGGCCAUCGCGCGAGCGCGGAGGCUCUGAAAUCGACGUUCGAGAUGGAAUUCGGGGAUAAGUACGAUGUUAACGUUGUCGACUUGUGGACGGAUCACACGCCAUGGCCGUUUAACCAACUCCCCAAGAGCUAUAACUUCCUCGUGCGACACGAGACGCUCUGGAAAAUGACCUACUAUGCAACGAAACCCAAGUUCGUGCACCAGCCGCAGAUGGCGGCGACGUUUGCGUUCGUCGCGCGGACGGUGUCGAAGGGGUUGGAUAAAUACAAGCCGGACGUGAUGGUAAGCGUGCACCCUUUGAUGCAGCAUGUUCCGUUGCGUGUGCUUAAAUCGAGGGGCCUUUUACACCGCAUCCCGUUCAUCACUGUAGUCACGGAUCUCACCACCUGCCAUCCGACAUGGUUCAACCGACGAGUCAGCGUUUGUUUCUGCCCGACAAAGGAAGUCGCGCAACAAGCACUUAAAGCCGGACUCCAGCCCUCGCAAAUCCGAGUGCACGGGCUUCCCAUGCGCCCCGCGUUCGCCAAGCCUUCGGCACCCCAGGCCGAGGUUCGGCAAUCGCUAGGUAUGGAUCCGGAGCUGCCAGCGGUGCUGCUGAUUGGGGGAGGCGAAGGCAUGGGGCCAGUUUAG